AUUUGUCUUUACGCAACCCCUCAAUCAGAACGAUGUCGAGCGAUAUCAAUCUAAGUCUUUUGUUGUCGUAGUUCAAAGAUCUCAACGAUUUAUUUACAACCCUUUACACAACAACAUCACGGCUUUGGUUUAUGGGUUCAAAUAAACUCAAACAGUUAAUGUAAAGAAGAUCAGAACAUUCUUGCAGGAUGUCGGUAGAAAAACUUUCAGAAGACCAGAUAGCAGAGUUUAAAGAAGCUUUCAGCUUGUUUGACAAAGAUGGCGACGGUACAAUCACGUCUAAGGAACUUGGAACAGUGAUGCGGUCACUAGGUCAACAUCCGACCGAGUCGGACCUCAAAGAUAUGGUUAACGAAGUCGAUACUGAUGGUAACGGCACAAUAGAUUUCCCGGAGUUCUUAGCAAUGAUGGUAAACCAACUUCAAGGUGCCUCGAAUGAUGAAGAACUUCGCGAGGCGUUCCGAGUGUUUGAUAAGGAUGGGAACGGGUUAAUCAGCGCUGCUGAACUCCGACAUGUGAUGAUAAGUCUAGGGGAAAAACUUACAGAGGAGGAGGUAGACGAAAUGAUCAAAGAAGCCGAUAUGAAUGGAGAUGGACAAAUUGAUUAUGAUGAAUUUGUCAAAAUGAUGUUAGGGCCGAAGUGACACGGAGGUCCACAAAUAAGAAACGUCUAGUCUGAUCAUCGGCCGUGAUCUACAAAAAAACAAACAUUGUAUGGAUUAUCAAAAUGGUAUUUGUUGAUUAAAUGAUGGAAUCUUUAAACAGUAAUUUAUGCAAUCAUAGAAAAAACACCUUCAGGGGGUAAUCAAUGAGUACGCAUCACUAAGUGAUUUAAAACAAUGGACGAACAGUUGAUAAAUUCGAGCCAGAUCUUUGGUUGUAAUUUAUUCUACAAUUUGCAUUCAAAAGAAAUAUAUUUUCUUGAAAAGGGUCAACAUCAGCUAAUAUAGUCUUCAUUCAAACACCAGAUACAUUUAUCAGUCUUCAUAUCACCCAUGAGAUGUAUGUGUACGUGUGUCGUACAGCCAGUUUAUAGUGUAUAUGUGGUGAGAAUAAAUGACCAAGGAACCGGCCAGGAUUCAAUCCAGUUGUUUAAUUAUUGUAUGUCAUGAAAUUAAAAUAUUAUCUCUAUAAGUGAUAUAUGUGUGUGUUAUAGUUGUCGUCUUAAUCUGAACACUAACUUUACAAUGCAAAAUAUCUAUUAAAAACAAAAGACAAAAACAAGACGGAAAAAAAAA